GCCCAGCCAUGGCCGAGGAGCGCGGGGAGCUGGAGGAGCGGAUCCUCGCCAAGGACCAGCACACCAAGGAGAUCGACCUGGUCAACAGAGACCCCAAGCACAUCAACGAGGACGUGGUGAAGGUGGAUUUUGAGGAUGUGAUAGCUGAGCCCGUGGGAACUUACAGCUUCGACGGCGUCUGGAAAACCAGCUACACCACCUUCACCGUCAGCAAGUACUGGUGCUACCGGCUGCUCUCUGCCCUGCUGGGCAUCCCCCUGGCCGUCCUCUGGGGCUUCCUCUUCGCCCUCAUCUCCUUCUGCCACAUCUGGGCAGUGGUGCCCUGCAUCAAGAGCUACCUGAUCGAGAUCCAGUGUGUCAGCCGGAUCUACUCCCUGUGCAUCCACACCUUCUGCGACCCGCUCUUCGAGGCGCUCGCCAAGGUCUGCAGCAACAUCCGAGUCGCUCUCCGGAAGGAGAUUUAGGUCCUGGCAGCUCCAACGCCCUCACACAACCCCCUCUGUGCAGGCUGCCUGCCCUCGGGCACACGGACAUCCCAGGGAGGGACCCACACUUGGACACCACAGUGAGGGACCUGCACACGGACACCCUGUGAAGGAUCUGCACAGGGACACCCCUGUCCAGGGAGGUUCCCACACAUGGACCCCCUGUCCAGGGAGGGAUCUGCCCAAGGACACCCCUGAGCAGUGAGUGACCCACACAGGGACACCCCUGAGCAAUGAGUGACCCACACAGGGACACCCCUGAGCAGUGAGUGACCCACACAGGGACACCCCUGAGCAGUGAGUGACCCACACAGGGACACCCCUGAGCCGUGAGUGACCCACACAGGGACACCCCUGAGCAGUGCGUGACCCACACAGGGACACCCCUGAGCAGUGAGUGACCCACACAGGGACACCCCUGAGCAGUGCGUGACCCACACAGGGACACCCCUGAGCAGUGAGGGACCCACACAGGGACACCCCUGAGCAGUGCGUGACCCACACAGGGACCCUGUGGCACAGGAACCGAGCACCGUGGCAGGACCCCACUGCAGAGCUGCUCUCAGGAGUGCUCUCUGCUCACAGAGGCAGGCCAGGCUGCUCCUUACUCCACCCAAAGCCAGAAGCCUCAGGAGAAGGAAGCCCAUGGUGGCCCAGGGAGCAGCCCAGAGGCCCCUGUGCCCUGCAGGAGCUCCUGAGAGGGACAGGGAUGGCAGCACCUCCUGGAGCACAGCCCUGGGCACAGCCUGCAGGUGCUGGGCGAGCACUGGGGCUGCAGAGCUGCUGCUGGCCACUGCCCAAGGCCUGCUGCCCCUGCAUCCCUUGGGGCUGGUGCUGACAGAAUUCCCCCACAGAAUUCCCCCACAGGAAUCAUAAUUUGUGGCAAACAAUUGCUGGGGUGGGAGCUUCUGCAUUAAACCGCUGCAGAAAGCUUUCAGGGACAGAACAGCUAACCCAAGGCUUUUCAUGCCUGCCUGCAUUUCAGCCAAGCUGUGAGAGCCAGAGCAGUCCAUGCAUGACGUGUUGUGUCUGCUCCGGGAGCGUGAGCUGCUCCUGGGCCACCGCCAGCCGCAAACCCGCCCGUGGCACUCCCAUGCUUAAUUAUGGGAUUAAUUGGGGAGCACUGUCAAGGGCCGUGGGCAGGGUCCAGGGCAGCACAGCACGGGUGGGAGCCAGCCCUGAGCGUGGCCGGGGGGACCCGGAGCUUUGGGGAGCCCCAGCUGAGAGACAGGCUGGGCUCCAAGCAAAGCCUAGCUCGGUUCCUCAGGCGAUCUCCACUAGACCCACGUUCAGUCAGCUCCAGCCACACGGGCUGUGCAUCCCAUGCAUCCCACAGGCUGUGCAUCCCAUGCAGCCACACGGGCUGUGCAUCCCAUGCAGCCCAGAGGCUGUGCAUCCCAUGCAGCCACACGGGCUGUGCAUCCCAUGCAGCCCAGAGGCUGUGCAUCCCAUGCAGCCACACGGGCUGUGCAUCCCAUGCAGCCACACGGGCUGUGCACCCCAUGCAGCCCACAGGCUGUGCAUCCCAUGCAGCCACACGGGCUGUGCACCCCAUGCAGCCCACAGGCUGUGCAUCCCAUGCAGCCACACGGGCUGUGCAUCCCAUGCAGCCACACGGGCUGUGCACCCCAUGCAGCCACACGGGCUGUGCAUCCCAUGCAGCCACACGGGCUGUGCAUCCCAUGCAGCCCACAGGCUGUGCAUCCCAUGCAGCCCACAGGCUGUGCAUCCCAUGCAGCCACACGGGCUGUGCAUCCCAUGCAGCCCACAGGCUGUGCAUCCCAUGCAGCCACACGGGCUGUGCACCCCAUGCAGCCACACGGGCUGUGCACCCCAUGCAGCCACACGGGCUGUGCACCCCAUGCAGCCACACGGGCUGUGCACCCCAUGCAGCCCACAGGCUGUGCAUCUCAUGCAGCCACACGGGCUGUGCAUCCCAUGCAGCCACACGGGCUGUGCACCCCAUGCAGCCCACAGGCUGUGCACCCCACAGGCCAGGCUGUCCCCCUGCCCUGAUGGAUGGCGAGAGCAGAGGAGGGAGCCUCUGCUGGGACCCUGCUGCUCCGGCCGCAGGCAGAGAGGAGCCAGGGGCAAGAGGUGCAGCUCAGAGCUGUUUCCUCCCCUGUACUGUCAAUAACUGGUUGGUCCCUCUUCCACGGAUCUGCACUUUCACUUUGAGGCCCUGAAGGCUCUUUUAGCUCCAGCCUUAAGUGCUUUGCUGAACCAGGGCCCAGGAGGUCUCCUUGUUCAGAGGCUGUUCUCAAUUGUCUCCAUGUGUGCCUUCCCCUUGGAUUCCAACAAAGACUUGGAGCCAAAGACUCCUCUAGUGCCACGCCAAGGAUGAGAAAGAGCCAGGGUUUCUGCUGGAGCUCUUCCAAGGGCUUGGGAUUGUAUACUGCUGUUAUUCCAUAGCAAUGUGGUACCCGAGCUCCAGCAACAUCAAGGCCCAAGGAGGAUGGAGUGAUUAAAAAAAAAAAAAAAAUUUUAGGUAAUUAUAGGGAGGUGGGGGAAAGCCCCAAAAACCACUUCAUUUUUUGUGGGAAUUAAAAUAACUAAAAUCAAUUGUA